AUGUCGAGAGAUUUGGAACGGAAUCAAGAAGCUACUUGCUACAUUGGUAAUUUGGAUGAGCGAGUUACUGAUGAGAUCGUUUGGGAACUCAUGCUACAAGCAGGGCCUCUAGCACAUGUAUAUUUACCGAAAGACCGUGUUUCUCAAAUGCACCAAGGAUACGCGUUUGCCGAAUAUCGAACAGAAGCAGAUGCCGAGUAUGCCUGCCGUAUUAUGAACGGCAUCAAGCUUUAUGGAAAGCCGAUCCGUGUCAACAUGUCGUCAACAGAAAAGCAGGAAGUGGAUAUUGGCGCGAACCUAUUUAUCGGCAAUCUGGACUCGGGCGUGGAUGAGCGACAGCUUUACGAUACCUUUGCAACCUUUGGCAACAUUGUAGGAACGCCGAAGGUAGCGCGUGAUCCAACGACAAACGAGUCCAAGAACUAUGGGUUUGUGUCCUUUGACUCCUUUGAUGCUGCUGACAAGGCCAUUGAGUCGUUGAAUGGCCAAUUCCUUCUCAACCGCCCUAUCACAGUAAUGUAUGCUCUACGUAAAGAUGGCAAAAAUGGCGAACGCCAUGGUUCUGAAGCUGAGCGUCUUGUUGCGGCGCAGGCACGCAAGAACCAUGUUCUGCCCAAUCGAGACGCUUAUGGUGUCCCCAUCGCCUAA